ACGCUCAUCUUCCCCUUUUUUUAUUCUUUCAAAUUUUUCUUUAAUUUGUGUUGCUUUUAUGAAUGCUUUAACUUGAAAUUUGUGAGGUUGCAGACGAAGGAGAAUCUGACCCCCAUUGGCUCCAAAAUUGCGGAAUUGAAUGAAUCGAGGUCUGAGCUGCUUGGCAGAAUUCAAGGGUUGAAGCAGGAUUUGCAAAGUUGGAGGUCAAAAUUGGACACUCAAGUUAAGGUCUACCGCGAUGAGCUUUCGGAACUUAAGAAAUCACUCAACACUGAAGUGGAUCAGCUUCGAUCCGAAUUCCAAGAACUGAGGACCACUCUUCAGCAGCAGCAAGAAGAUGUUACUACUAGUCUUAGAAACUUGGGGCUGCAGGAUGUCUCAGGAGAUAAAAAAGAAGGCCAAGAGACCCAAGAUACUGUGGUUGAAGAAAAUGGUGACAAAGAAUCAAAUGUUUCAACUAAGGAG